GGGAGGGGAGGGAGCAUGAACGCACCAAUACACCGGGCUGAACACUGAUAACUGCAGCCACUGUGGACCAUUGGAGACACACACCGGGGAGCUGUUCUAACUGAAGGAGCUUUAUUUAGUUUGACUUUAUUUAUUAAUUUAUUAUCUGAGUUGUAUUUAUUUCUAUCCAAGAUGAACGGAGUGUCGAGAAGUAUGUGUACAUUUGAAGACAUCAGAAAUCAAGAGCAGGCGGAGGGGUGCAGGAGACUGCGACUCACACUGCACGACCAGAGGCAGGCAGCCCAGAGAACGGAGCAGUACAGGGACAAGCCAGUCGGACGAGCUUAUGCACUGGUGCAGCCGGCCGCUGACAGGACAUCUCUGAACCCUGAACCGGUCAAGUACAAAGAGGAGCAGGUGGAGGUUAUCAAGGUGUAUCUAGAGGCCCGUAAACAGGAGCAGCAGAAACACCAGCAGAGCCUCAAGAUGCUGUCGGAUGAAGUUUCACAGAUACAGGAGGUGAGGUAUUGCCUGAAGACGCUGAGGGAGCAGAUGGCAGCCAAAAACAAGCCGCUCACAAAUGGGUGGAAAGUUGGUCUUCCCUUCAGAAGGAGCGCCCCGUCUGCCCCUAAAGACGAGGCUAAAGCUGAGGCACAGGAAGCAGAUGAAGAAGCAGAGAGAGCCAAGCUGAGGGAGGUCAGUAAGCGCUUGUAUGCUCAGCUACAGGAAGCAGAAAAGAAACACCAAGAGGAUAAAGAGAGGCUGCAGGCUGAGAGUAGCAAGCUGAAGGAGCGUCUGAGCGAGGAAGAGGAGAAGCUGAAGACCACAGAAGAAGCCAGCGAGAGGAAAGACAUGCGCAUAGAUGACCUGCAAAGGCUGCUGGGAGGGAUGGAGCAGGAGAGCGCCACCCUGAGGGAGGAGAUGAACAGCCGCGAGGUGGAACUCCAUGAGCUGCGCAAAAUCAGAGAGGAGGGCCAGAAAGGGGGGCAGAGGACUGAGCAGCUGGAGAGGGAGUUGGCAAUUCUCAAAGAAAAGAUCCACCAUCUGGACGACAUGCUGAAGAGCCAGCAAAGGAAAGUCAGACACAUGAUUGAACAGCUCCAGAACUCUCGCAUGGUGAUCCAGGAGAGAGACCGCGUGAUCAAAGAGCUGGAAGAGAAAGUGGCUUUCUUGGAGGCUGAGAACCGAGAGAUGCAUGACCAGAUGGAUUACUUCAUGGGAGGACAAAGGUCAAACUCCUACCUUUCAUCCGAGCGCAAUCCCCAGAUCGUCUACAGUAAACCAAUCAAGCCUUCCAACUCCUCCAACAAACCUCUGCCUUUCAUCAAAGUCAUCGAGAUCAGGUCAUGAAGUAACCCCGCAGAAGAAAGACACGGUAUUGGACCACAACACCGUUUCACUGCAGACU